UCAGCUGUUUGUAUAUUGCUCUUCUCUUAUCAGAGGAGAGUAUACAAGAGUUGAUAAGACAUAUUCAAAAUAAGUUUUUUUUAGCUACAGUCUUCAAUCGAAGCUGGAACUAAUUUCCAAUAUCAGCCCGGCUGAGCUUGAUACUGGCUAAUUCGCAUUCGCUAGUCGAUGAGAGCAGAUCAUCAGUCUUGUCUUGCCCACAGGACUGGUUGUUGGUUUUUGAAUUGCUAAAGCUCGUUUGCAUUUUAGGAGUAUCAUUAUGAGCUGCUUAUCGCGUUUCCGCUUAAUCACAUUCGAUGUCCAUAACACGUUGCUACAGAUUCGAUCCGCGCCGGGUAAGAAAUAUGGAGAGCUCGGAGCUAUGUUCGGUAUUAGUAAUAACAAGAAUCAGCUGGUAGCUAAUUAUGUUCAAAGUUGGCAUAAAAUGAAUCGGUUGCAUCCGAACUUUGGACUGAAAACGAAAAUCGGAUAUAAGCAGUGGUGGCAAAUGAUGAUUGGAGGUAUUUUCAAUGAAAAUGGAACACACAACAUUCCAGAAGAUAAAAUCGAACAGAUGACGGAACACUUCAUGGAAUUCUUCAAAACUAGUGGAUUUUGGCAGCAUUGCUACGGUUCAGUGGAUUUUCUGAACUAUCUGAAACUACAAAGGCAUAUAGAAUCGCAUGGUAGCAAAGAGCCUCCGUUCAAACUUGGUGUUAUUUCUAAUUUCGAUCCAAGGCUCGACGUUCUUCUGAGAAACAUGAAGCUAAAUCACUAUUUCGAUUUCGUACUCAAUUCAUAUGAUGUUGGAUACAUGAAACCUUCGAAGGAAAUUUUUGCAGCUGCUAUGAAAGCGUCUGAAUUAAAAGACCUUAAACCACAAGAAUGCUUGCAUAUCGGAGCAACACCAGCUACCGACUAUUUUGGAGCGCGACACGCUGGCUGGUAUGGUUUACUUGUUCAUGAAAAAUCUGCCGAUGAACUGUCUAGAAAAUAUGGGCAAACGGUGGAUGACAAUCACGUUUUCUCUAGUUUGUUUGAUAUUCAUAAAAAAAUUUCGAAUGAUUAUAUGAAAUGGUAAAUACAUGUUCUUAAUAAAACAUUAUUGUAUUUUUGCAUGCGGU